UAUUUGCUGAUUUGUAUUAGGUACCAUAGAGUGAGGCGAGGAUGAAGCCGGGAGGAUACUGCAGAGGUCUCUGGUACAUGUGUAUGUGUGUGCGUGUGCGUGUGUUUAUGCAUGUAUGUUCUUCCCCUGUGAGGCUGCAGUCCUUGUGAAACACUUGGUCACCUUUUGCAAGAAAGAAUCUGAACCGUUGCAACUGAAGGUGCCGACUCGUCUUAGGGAGAUGUUGUUCCUCACUGCAGAUGGAUAAUUUUCCUUUUCAUCAGUUCUGCCGACUUUUUCUUCUGGGUUGUUGACUUCCCUCUUCAAAUACUAGACUGAAUUCAUUACCUUGGUUGCAUCCCCUUGGAGGUCAUCAAAUAAACUUGUGAACAACUCACUAGAUUUUACCUAUUUCACUGUAUUUUUGAGAAGUUGAGGAAUUAUGACCUUUUGGGAAUCUCACAUGAAGAGUAAAUAGUAAUUAAAAUGUGCAGGAUGACAAGAUGGAGCAAACAGUGCUUGUACCACCAGGACCUGACAGCUUCAACUUCUUCACCAGAGAAUCUCUUGCAGCUAUUGAAAGACGCAUUGCAGAAGAAAAGGCUAAGAAUCCCAAGCCAGACAAAAAAGAUGAUGACGAAAAUGGCCCAAAGCCAAAUAGUGACUUGGAAGCUGGGAAGAACCUUCCAUUUAUCUAUGGAGACAUUCCUCCAGAGAUGGUGUCGGAGCCUCUGGAGGACCUGGACCCUUACUAUAUCAAUAAGAAGACUUUUAUAGUAUUGAAUAAAGGGAAGGCCAUCUUCCGGUUCAGUGCCACCUCCGCCCUGUACAUCCUCACUCCCUUCAAUCCUCUUAGGAAAAUAGCUAUUAAGAUUUUGGUACACUCAUUAUUCAGCAUGUUAAUUAUGUGCACUAUUUUGACAAACUGUGUGUUUAUGACAAUGAGCAACCCUCCUGACUGGACAAAGAAUGUAGAAUACACCUUCACAGGAAUAUAUACUUUUGAAUCGCUAAUAAAAAUUAUUGCAAGGGGUUUCUGUUUAGAAGAUUUUACUUUCCUUCGUGAUCCAUGGAACUGGCUUGACUUCACUGUCAUUACCUUUGCAUAUGUGACAGAGUUUGUGGACCUGGGCAAUGUCUCAGCGUUGAGAACGUUCAGAGUUCUCCGAGCAUUGAAAACUAUUUCAGUCAUUCCAGGACUGAAGACCAUCGUGGGGGCCCUGAUCCAGUCGGUGAAGAAGCUGUCUGACGUCAUGAUCCUCACUGUGUUCUGUCUCAGUGUCUUUGCUCUAAUCGGGCUGCAGCUCUUCAUGGGCAACCUGAGGAAUAAAUGUGUACAAUGGCCUCCCACCAACUCUUCCCUUGAGGAACAUAGCAUAGAGAGGAAUGUGACUCGAGAUUAUAACGGCACACUUGUAAAUGAAACCGUGUUUGAGUUUGACUGGAAAUCAUAUAUUCAAGACUCAAGAUAUCAUUAUUUCCUGGAGGGUUUUUUAGAUGCACUACUGUGUGGAAAUAGCUCUGAUGCAGGCCAAUGUCCAGAAGGAUAUGUAUGUGUAAAAGCUGGUAGAAACCCUAAUUAUGGUUACACAAGCUUUGAUACCUUCAGCUGGGCGUUUUUGUCCCUGUUUCGACUGAUGACUCAGGACUUCUGGGAAAAUCUUUACCAACUGACAUUGCGUGCUGCUGGGAAAACAUACAUGAUAUUUUUUGUGCUGGUGAUUUUCCUGGGCUCAUUCUACCUGAUAAACUUGAUCCUGGCUGUGGUAGCCAUGGCCUAUGAGGAACAGAAUCAGGCCACCUUGGAGGAGGCUGAACAGAAAGAGGCGGAGUUUCAGCAGAUGUUGGAGCAACUUAAGAAGCAGCAGGAGGCUGCACAGCAGGCGGCAGCUGCAACUGCCUCAGAACAUUCCAGAGAGCCCAGUGCAGCAGGUAGGCUCUCAGAUAGCUCUUCAGAAGCCUCCAAGUUGAGUUCGAAGAGUGCUAAGGAAAGACGGAAUCGGCGGAAGAAAAGAAAACAGAAAGAGCAGUCUGGAGGGGAAGAGAAAGAUGAGGAUGAAUUCCACAAGUCUGAGUCUGAAGACAGCGUCAGAAGGAAAGGGUUUCGCUUCUCCAUAGAAGGGAACAGACUGACCUAUGAAAAGAGGUACUCUUCCCCACACCAGUCACUGCUGAGCAUCCGUGGUUCCCUGUUUUCCCCAAGACGCAAUAGCAGAACAAGCCUUUUCAGCUUUAGAGGGCGAGCAAAGGAUGUGGGGUCUGAGAAUGACUUUGCUGAUGAUGAGCACAGCACCUUUGAGGAUAAUGAGAGCCGGAGAGAUUCACUAUUUGUUCCCCGAAGACAUGGAGAACGCCGCAACAGUAACCUGAGUCAAACCAGCAGGUCAUCCCGGAUGCUGGCGGUGUUUCCAGCAAAUGGAAAGAUGCACAGCACAGUGGAUUGCAACGGUGUGGUUUCCUUGGUUGGUGGACCCUCAGUUCCUACAUCUCCAGUUGGACAGCUUCUGCCAGAGGUGAUAAUAGAUAAGCCAGCUACUGAUGACAAUGGAACGACCACUGAAACUGAAAUGAGAAAGAGGAGGUCAAGUUCUUUCCAUGUUUCAAUGGACUUCCUAGAAGAUCCUUCCCAAAGGCAAAGGGCAAUGAGUAUAGCCAGCAUCUUAACAAAUACAGUAGAAGAACUAGAAGAAUCAAGGCAGAAAUGUCCACCCUGUUGGUAUAAAUUUUCCAACAUAUUCUUAAUUUGGGACUGUUCCCCAUAUUGGCUUAAAGUCAAACAUAUUGUCAACCUGGUUGUGAUGGACCCAUUUGUUGAUCUGGCCAUCACCAUCUGUAUUGUGUUAAAUACCCUUUUCAUGGCCAUGGAGCACUACCCAAUGACGGAUCAUUUCAAUCAUGUGCUUACAGUAGGAAACUUGGUUUUUACUGGGAUCUUCACGGCAGAAAUGUUCCUGAAAAUCAUUGCCAUGGACCCGUACUAUUAUUUCCAAGAAGGAUGGAAUAUCUUUGAUGGUUUCAUUGUGACACUAAGCCUGGUAGAACUUGGCCUUGCCAAUGUGGAAGGACUGUCCGUUCUCCGUUCAUUUCGACUGCUCCGAGUGUUCAAGUUGGCAAAAUCCUGGCCCACACUGAAUAUGCUCAUUAAGAUCAUUGGUAACUCGGUGGGCGCACUGGGCAACCUGACCCUGGUGUUGGCCAUCAUUGUCUUCAUUUUUGCCGUGGUCGGCAUGCAGCUGUUUGGCAAAAGUUAUAAAGAUUGUGUCUGCAAAAUUGCCAGUGACUGCAAGCUCCCACGCUGGCACAUGAAUGACUUCUUCCACUCCUUCCUGAUCGUGUUCCGUGUGCUGUGUGGAGAGUGGAUAGAGACCAUGUGGGACUGCAUGGAGGUUGCUGGCCAAGCCAUGUGCCUUACUGUCUUCAUGAUGGUCAUGGUGAUUGGGAACCUUGUGGUCCUGAACCUCUUUCUGGCCUUGCUUCUGAGCUCAUUUAGUGCAGACAACCUUGCAGCCACUGAUGAUGACAAUGAAAUGAACAAUCUUCAAAUUGCUGUGGACAGGAUGCACAAGGGAAUAGCAUAUGUAAAAAGAAAAAUAUAUGAGUUUAUCCAGCAGUCCUUUGUUAGGAAACAGAAGAUUUUAGAUGAAAUUAAGCCACUUGAUGAUCUAAACAACAGAAAAGACAAUUGUAUAUCUAACCACACAGCAGAAAUUGGAAAAGAUCUGGACUGUCUGAAAGAUGUGAAUGGAACCACAAGUGGCAUAGGGACUGGCAGCAGCGUGGAGAAGUAUAUCAUUGAUGAGAGUGAUUACAUGUCAUUCAUAAACAACCCCAGUCUCACCGUGACUGUUCCCAUUGCUGUGGGAGAGUCUGACUUUGAGAACUUAAACACAGAGGACUUCAGCAGUGAAUCAGAUCUAGAAGAAAGCAAAGAGAAACUCAAUGAAAGCAGCAGCUCUUCAGAAGGGAGCACUGUGGACAUUGGGGCACCUGCAGAGGAACAGCCUGUCAUGGAACCCGAAGAAACCCUUGAGCCCGAAGCCUGCUUCACUGAAGGCUGUGUACGGAGAUUCAAGUGCUGUCAAAUUAGCGUGGAAGAAGGGAGAGGCAAGCAGUGGUGGAACCUGCGUAGAACGUGCUUCCGGAUAGUGGAACACAACUGGUUUGAGACCUUCAUUGUGUUCAUGAUUCUCCUGAGUAGCGGUGCUCUGGCUUUUGAAGAUAUAUACAUUGAUCAGCGAAAGACGAUCAAGACCAUGCUUGAAUAUGCUGACAAAGUCUUCACUUACAUCUUCAUCCUGGAAAUGCUUCUCAAAUGGGUGGCCUAUGGCUAUCAAACAUAUUUUACCAAUGCCUGGUGUUGGCUUGACUUCUUAAUAGUUGAUGUUUCAUUGGUCAGUUUAACAGCAAAUGCCCUGGGUUACUCUGAACUCGGGGCCAUCAAAUCCCUCAGGACACUAAGAGCUCUGAGACCUCUAAGAGCAUUAUCACGAUUUGAAGGGAUGAGGGUGGUUGUGAAUGCCCUGUUAGGAGCAAUUCCAUCCAUCAUGAAUGUCCUUCUGGUUUGUCUUAUAUUCUGGCUAAUUUUCAGCAUCAUGGGCGUAAAUUUGUUUGCUGGCAAAUUCUACCACUGUAUUAACACCACAACUGGUGACAUGUUUGAGAUCACCGAAGUGAAUAAUCAUUCUGAUUGCCUAAAACUAAUAGAAAGAAAUGAAACUGCCCGAUGGAAAAAUGUGAAAGUAAACUUUGAUAAUGUAGGAUUUGGGUAUCUCUCUUUGCUUCAAGUUGCCACGUUUAAGGGAUGGAUGGACAUCAUGUAUGCAGCAGUUGACUCCAGAAAUGUGGAACUUCAGCCUAAGUAUGAGGAAAGCCUGUAUAUGUAUCUCUACUUUGUCAUCUUCAUCAUCUUUGGGUCCUUCUUUACCCUGAACCUAUUUAUUGGUGUCAUCAUAGACAAUUUCAACCAGCAAAAGAAGAAGUUUGGAGGUCAAGACAUCUUUAUGACUGAAGAACAGAAGAAAUACUAUAAUGCAAUGAAGAAAUUAGGAUCAAAAAAGCCACAAAAGCCUAUCCCUCGACCAGGAAACAAAUUUCAAGGAAUGGUGUUUGACUUUGUAACCAGACAAGUGUUCGACAUCAGCAUCAUGAUUCUCAUCUGUCUGAACAUGGUUACAAUGAUGGUGGAAACGGAUGACCAGAGCGACCAUGUGACUAGCAUUUUGUCACGCAUCAACCUGGUGUUCAUCGUACUGUUCACUGGCGAGUGUGUGCUGAAGCUCAUCUCCCUCCGCCAUUACUAUUUCACCAUUGGAUGGAAUAUUUUUGAUUUUGUGGUGGUCAUUCUCUCCAUUGUAGGAAUGUUUCUGGCCGAGCUGAUAGAGAAGUACUUUGUGUCCCCUACCCUGUUCCGAGUCAUCCGCUUGGCCAGGAUUGGCAGAAUCCUACGCUUGAUCAAAGGCGCCAAGGGGAUCCGCACGCUGCUUUUUGCUCUGAUGAUGUCCCUUCCUGCGCUGUUCAACAUCGGCCUCCUGCUUUUCCUGGUCAUGUUCAUCUAUGCCAUCUUUGGGAUGUCCAACUUUGCCUACGUUAAGAGGGAAGUUGGGAUUGAUGACAUGUUCAACUUUGAGACCUUCGGCAACAGCAUGAUCUGCCUGUUUCAAAUCACCACCUCUGCAGGCUGGGACGGACUGCUGGCUCCCAUCCUCAAUAGCAAGCCCCCUGACUGUGAUCCUAAUAAAGUUAACCCCGGAAGCUCAGUGAAGGGGGAUUGUGGGAACCCGUCUGUGGGGAUUUUCUUUUUUGUCAGCUACAUCAUCAUAUCCUUCCUGGUUGUGGUGAACAUGUACAUCGCUGUCAUCCUGGAGAACUUCAGCGUCGCCACGGAGGAAAGUGCAGAGCCCCUGAGUGAGGACGACUUUGAGAUGUUCUAUGAGGUCUGGGAGAAGUUCGACCCUGAUGCCACUCAGUUCAUGGAAUUUGAAAAAUUAUCUCAGUUUGCAGCUGCUCUUGAACCCCCUCUCAACUUGCCGCAACCAAACAAACUUCAGCUCAUUGCCAUGGAUCUGCCCAUGGUGAGUGGAGACCGCAUCCACUGCCUGGACAUCUUAUUUGCUUUUACAAAGCGGGUUUUGGGUGAGAGCGGAGAGAUGGACGCCCUUCGAGUCCAGAUGGAAGAGCGGUUCAUGGCUUCCAACCCCUCCAAAGUCUCUUAUCAGCCAAUCACGACUACUUUAAAACGGAAACAAGAGGAGGUGUCAGCUGUUAUCAUUCAGCGUGCUUACAGGCGCCACCUUUUGAAGCGAACGGUCAAACAAGCUUCGUUCACCUACAAUAAGAACAAACUCAAAGGUGGGGCUAAUCUUCUUGUAAAAGAAGACAUGAUCAUUGACAGGAUAAACGAAAACUCUAUUACAGAGAAAACCGACCUGACAAUGUCCACCGCAGUUUGCCCACCCUCCUACGAUCGGGUGACAAAGCCUAUCGUGGAAAAACACGAGCAGGAAGGAAAAGAUGAAAAGGCCAAAGGAAAAUGAACAAAAACAAAAAAAAGUAAUAAAUUGGGUGACAAAUUGUUUACAGCCUGCGAAGGUGAUGUCAAAAGGACUCCUUUAGGAGGUCAAUGCCAAACUGACUGUUUUUACACAAAUUCACUUAAGGUCAGUGCCUAAUAAGACAGUGACCCCCCAUCCCUUGUGGGCAAACUCUGUGACUCUGUGGAAAGGGGAGACGAUCUUGGCAAGAGGUUACUGUUCUCACUACCAGCUGACACUGCUGAAGACAAGGGACAAAUGGCUAAGCAGUCUGCAGGGACCCGUCUAAAGGGGUGGAGCGCGAAAACCUGGGGGUUAAUGUGAAACACUGUAGUGUAGUAACUGUGUCCACCAUUUGCAUUUCAACUGCCACACUGGUCACGUUUUUUACAAACUCUGUUAGUGGAUUCAUCUUUUUUUUAAUCCAUAUGUUGUUUGUUACAUGUGACUAUUUUUGUAAACAGGGUUUCUGUUGGGAAACAGACAAAAGGAACUCUCUUCCAGGUCUGUCACCUGGGGGUACUGACAUACACAUGACCCUCCUGUCUGCACAAAGAUGUGGUUUUGCAUGAGGGCAUGCUGCACCACAGGAUCAUGCAUGAGAAAAAGUCACAAGGAAAGCAGAGACAGUUCUUCAACAGUCCUAUGUCAUCUGUGUUUCCAGGGGGGACAGGGUCGGUACUGAGGUGAUCAUCAGAUAGAUAAUAGGCUUUGUUCAUCUGGUUUUAUCAAGUCUAGCCAUUAGUCCAAGGAGAUAGUUGGGGACAGGUCAUUAAGUCUUAGUGGGUGCAAACAUCAUUCAAAUGUCUGGAAUCCCAUUAUGUUUCUGUUCACUGUCUCUUAAAAGUCUCUAAAUACUGAAUAUGACUCCUUACCCCCAACCCUAGAAGAGUGAAUUGACCAAAAUAACCCUUUAUAAAUUUCCGCUUAAUCCUGCACUUUGUUUAACCAUCUUCAGCUCUCAGUGAGGUUGACACUGUAUGUGUUAAUGAAAUGCUAUUUAUUAUGUAAAUAGUCAUUUUACUCUGUGGUGCACGUUUGAGCAAACAAAUAAUGACCCAAGCACAGUAUUUAUUGCAUCAAAUAUGUACCACAAGAAAUGUAGAGUGCAAGCUUUCCACAGGUAAUAUACUGUACUCUGUACCAUUAUAGAUAGUGUGGAUGCUGUCAAUGCAUGUUGAUAUUACCAUGUUGCAGUAUCUAGUUUCUCCCACCACACAGAUUCUCAUUCAUGAGAAACCAUAGGUCAGUGGCUAAGUCAAGGAAACUGUUCAGCAGAUUUCAUUUCUGUAAAUCAUUAAGCAAUAGUUUGCAGCACUUCAACAAUGUUUGGGUUUAUUUUUAAAUUUUAAGUGGGUAACAUCCAGUGUAUAGCCAGACUGUACAUACAUGUUUGAAAAAACAACACCGCUUAACCUGUUAAAAACAUGUUUAGAAUUUUAUAAGCCAAUAUAAAUACUGUACAAAGUCACUUUAUUUUAUUUUUCAGCAUUAUGUACAUAUGAAGAGGAAAUUAUCUUCAGGUUGAUUUCACAAUCACUUUUCUUACUUUCUAUCCAUAGCAGUUUUUCAUGGAAGAUAUUUGCUAACUAAGAAAUGAAAACAUGACUGGGUAGGGGUAGAUCUCCGCUUUUUUAUUACAUUUCUUUUAUUUUACAAUUUUAAGGGGCAAAAUACACUCAUAACUCCCAUCCAAAUUAUGAUUUGCAAUUGGAAAAGGGUAUAACAUUUGAUUUAUAGUUAUCGUAGUGUUAUGCUAACUGCUGACCACAAUGCUUACUUCCUAACAUUGUCCUUAAUUCCCUAAUUUCUGUUGAACUAUUUUUCUUUGCUUUGGAAACACGUUUCUCUAGAUUGUUCUAAAUAUAAGUGUGGGCAUCAUAAUUUCUUUUCCUCAAAAACAGAGAGUAUUACACUUACAUAGUCAAUUACAUCGACAUAUUUUGGGUUUCUUACAGAAGCAGACCAUAGGCACCUCUUUUCUUAAAAAUAUUUAGAUGAACCAUAUUCAUGAACUGCAUGUUGGAAAAUGCUACUAUUACCCAAAAUGAUGCUAAUCACAAUUAAAAAUGUGCAAAACUAAUAAAAAUUAAUUUUUUUAUUUUA